GACCUCGCUAGCUGAGCAGAGCGCGAGGCCACCGGGCAGCUGGUCCACAUUCUGUCCACGGUAGUGUCUUAACCAGCAGAACUGGCACCAUGGCUGUGGGGAAACAACUCUUACGGCUGUUUUGGAGUGGCAGAGGCGGCUGUUUUCUGUGAGCCACCACCUCGUUUCGGAUAAACUCCGCCGGGCUCCUGUUCUCACACCAGGGGACCGCAUUGUCUAUGUGUGCGUGGAGGCUGUUGUUGUCGGCGGCGGUGUCUGGUUAGCUCAGUCCAUCUCCAGUCUUGCUAGCAGCUCAACAUUGUGUGUUUACGUCGACGCUAAGCUAGCCGAGCUGCUAGCUUGGCCGGGUUCGUGAGUUGGGAGCUGGUGAGUGGGUGAUGUUGUCCGUGCUGUCGUACGGUAGACUGGUUGCCAGAGCUGUCAUCGGCGGACUUUCUCAGACAGACAGCCGCGACUACAGCCUGGUGACGGCGAGCUGUGGCUUCGGGAAGGAUUUUCGCAAAGGCAUCCUGAAGAAAGGGAUGUGUUAUGGGGACGACGCGUGCUUCAUAGCCCGACACAGAUCUGCUGAUGUUUUGGGUGUGGCAGAUGGAGUAGGAGGUUGGCGAGACUAUGGCGUGGACCCAUCUCAGUUUUCAGGAACUCUGAUGAAGACGUGUGAGAGACUGGUGAAGGAAGGACGCUUUGUACCCAGCAAUCCUGUUGGAGUCCUCACAACCAGCUAUUAUGAGCUGUUACAGAACAAAGUGCCACUACUGGGGAGCAGCACCGCCUGCAUUGUGGUGUUGGACCGGCAGAGUCACCAGCUGCACACAGCCAACCUCGGAGACUCUGGUUUCCUGGUUGUUCGAGGAGGGGAGGUGGUUCACCGGUCCGAUGAACAGCAGCAUUACUUCAACACACCCUUCCAGCUGUCUAUUGCCCCCCCAGAGGCUGAAGGGGCAGUCCUGAGCGAUAGCCCGGAUGCAGCCGACAGCUCUUCCUUUGAUGUCCAACUUGGUGACAUCAUUCUUACCGCCACCGACGGGCUAUUUGACAACAUGCCAGACUACAUGAUCCUGCAAGAGCUGAAGAAACUCAAGAAUACAAACUAUGAGAGCAUCCAGCAGACCGCUAGGAGUAUUGCAGAGCAGGCCCACGUUCUGGCUUAUGACCCGAACUACAUGUCGCCUUUUGCACAGUUUGCCUGUGACAAUGGACUGAAUGUAAGAGGAGGAAAGCCAGACGACAUCACAGUGCUACUGUCUAUAGUGGCUGAAUACACCGACUAGAGUCUAUGACAGUGAUGGACUGCUUUGAUUCCUGCUGGCCAGGAUGAAGGACUGAUGUGGGACGUUCCCUCGCAUCCUUGGCUCUAUUCUGCCUCAACCCCCAGUUGACCAUAAUCCCCCCUCCCACCUAAAUGAAAUAAACUCCUACAGGCCCACUUCUCUGUGAUCGUGUACAUCAGAGAGUGGCUGACUAAAUAGGACUCAAGGCCCAACACAUCCUCUUGGCCAGGCUGCAGUGUUGGCAUCUUUGCAAUGUCCCAGUGCGCACCGGAUAAUCCCAUUGCCCAGGAUAAGCAUUCAUUGGGCACAUUGGAGGUGAGGAUCCUGUCUGAUGAGGAUAAGUUGUCUUUGUCUGAUGGGUGGUUUGGGCAGGGAGGCGGUUGAAAUUCAGACAAAGAGGCAGAUGUAGCUAGAUGGUAGGUGUGAGACUUUAAGUGGCUCCAUGCUGGGCUGCCGGAAUGGAAAAAUACAGACUAUCGGUCCUGUCAAGAAGGGAACUGCGCAGGAAAUGGUAGCAUUAGGGCUGAAUGAAUGGGCUGCGCAAUGUAAGCGGAUGUCCUAAUGAAACAGUGAUAGAUAGAAAAUCUGUGUUAAAGGGCGUGGAACCUGUGGUAGGUGCAGGCUCUGUUCUGGGAUAUUGUGUUAAAUGUUUGCCAAAAAAAAAAAAAAAAAGUAGCGUGUGUGUACAGAGCCCCUGUAAGGUAAUAAUGGCAGAUGGUUUCUGGACUACUUUGUGUUCUAGGUAAUAACUUCUGCAUUACCUCCCAAGGCUUUUGGUUUACCUUGCAAAUUUGUUUUGCAUUCCCACUGAUCCAUUAAGACCAAGAGGAGUGCAGCUCUCUGCAGCCUCAAGUACGCCUGGCUGUGGGUUGAGCUACACUGUUUUAGUUUUAGCUGUACUGUGGCUUCUGUUUGUGUUUACAUCUCCCAAUCUAUUAACAUGAACUCAAAAAGCUUCCUACAGCCACACACUAAUGAACGUUCUGAAUCUGAACCCUUGUGCUUUUAUCAGAUGUGGCAGAUGUGAUGCCUCAGGACACCAAGAGUAGCUUUACAACAUUGUUCAGCCAUUGCAACCAAUUUAGUGCACACAUAAAGUGCAUGUAGUAAGUGUUAAAAAUGGUCUGUCACUGCCAUGGUAGUAACAACUCAAAAGUGCAGUCAUACUUAAAGUGACAGCAACAUUUAAGGAGUAGAGGUACAGCAAUCACAGCCACUCAUCUUAUCAUGAGCUGCAGUGAUACUAUGAGCAGUCAUAGUAGAGAGUGCAUUAUGGUCAGAACCAAGAGUUGUAACUAACACAUGAAACUAGAAGGGGAAUCAAUAGCGUACACCUUACCAGGGUCCUGUAAUUCAAUUAUAACCUUAAAUGACUAUGCUCAAAAAGUAAACAUUUUCAGCAUCUGCUACUUUUCCUUGAUCAACUCCAAAAUUUAAUGGGUAGUUUUUGUGUAAUCCUGCUGACAGACAAACCAAAAACCCCACAGGUGGUAACACAUUCUCCUCAACAGAGGUGUUAUUUAUCUUUUAUCAUAAUGCAUCUGUUGGUAGAGCUCAGUCUUCCUUUUUUGAUCAGAUGGAGUGCAAAAUUUUUUUGAGGCUAGUAGAGAAGGUACUGCAAGGGAAUGCAAAAGAAGGUCAGAGGAACCCUGUAACCUGUUGGCGGCUCUGUAUUUGUGAUGUUUGUAUAUUUGGUGUUAAGUUUCUUUGGGUAGGUCAAUCCAAUAUGACUUCAUGAUGAAGAGAGGCAGCUGCCUUUUUCCACAUCAGUGCAAUUCAAGUCUUGCACAAAUUUUGUUACUUGGCUGUUGAUGAGCGUUUCCUAGUUCAAAGGCCUCUUGAAAUAUCCAUUGUGUCAAACUGAUGCCCUCCCUUUAAUCUUACAGCUGCUGUUGAUGUUGAACUCUGAUUGCGAUUCCAUGUGAUGUGUGUGUGAAUAAGUGUGAUGAAUGCUCUCAUGUGCUCGCCCGUGUGUCUAUGGAUUUGUGUAAUUGGUGUCUAUGACAUGGAUGUGAAGGCUACAGACAUCUCCGUAUCCACUGGGCUGAAUUGCUCUGACAGCCUUAAACGCACAAAGCUUAAAAAAGCAUAUCUGACAAAGCUCGACAAAGUGGAAGUUGGUCAGGUGACCAAAUGUAUUUUUGUAACUUGUUGAAUGACAUUGGUAGAUUAAUUACUGCAUCAGAGUAGCUUUAGAAACUGUUCACAAUUUGCAUUUCUUUUUCUCCUUUCCCUCACCCUGCUGUAAUAACACCAGUGGCUCAUUCAAGUCAAGUCACUGCAUGUUUAAUGUGGAAAAAAUGGUCAUUAUAUGUUUCUUUUACAUAACUACAGAUUUGCACUCUGCAUUUAUCACAUCUUUUACCCACAGUGAAAAAGCUUACUUGGUAAACUUGUAUUUUGUGUAAAGUUGUGAUAAUGUGCCUUGUAUCAGAUGUCGUUGAUACUGGCAAACAUGUUCAUGAUUCCUUAAACCUCAGACUAUGUGCUGGGUAUUGAGCACAAAGCCUGAAGCUGUUAGCCAUAAGACUGAACACAGCUUUCCUGUCUUGCCCUGCUGUCUUAACAUGAACUCUUUCCACCUGCAUUCAACACUUUUUCCUCCUGAAAGCUGACCUUGAACACUCAGUCAGGAGCUUAGGAAUAGUGAUAAAGCCAUCCCACGCUUAGAAAAUCCUCUCCGUGGAUUCUUCAGAUAACUGUUUACAAUCUGCACUAUUGAAUGGACUGUUUCCCUUCUUUAUCUGACAAGUUCACAAUGGAGACUGCAGUGGUGGGUGUCACUUUGAAACAGGGGUAAAGGGCAUAGAAGAGCAGAUUUACACAAUGUGGCAAAUGGUCAAAAUGUGAGAUUUUUUUUUUUUUUUUUAAGCAUCAUAGCACUGAGGACAAUCUAAGCAGCCUUAAAUAUGUUACAAAGCAAUUCUCCCUGUCAGAUGGUACAGCCACUGUUCGCUAUGUGGUUCCUGAUUCCUAACCUGCCCUGAAGCUCUCCCAUGUCUCAUUUCAACUUCAUCCUCCUCUUCCAACCAAACUUUGUUACAACCAGAGCACGUGUCUUUAUAUUUUGGGUGUAAAGUUUGAUGCAGAUCUGUGUUCUGUAAAAACAUUUUCAAAUCUGUACAAUAUUUAAAUAAAGAGUAUAGUAUUUAU